AUGACCUGGUCAGGUGAGGCUCUUCAGUGCUACACCUGCAUGGGCUCCACGGAUGACGACUGCAACCGACAGGGUUCCAAAACAUGCCCGGACUACUCAGACGCAUGCGCCGUGGUUCGCGGUCAUGGCAGUGGAGUGAUGAAGUCAUGUUCCUACAAGUCCUUCUGUAGCCAGGCCAACAGCCAGGGUUACCGAGCUCCAGGGGUCAAAGUUCACUGCUGCUACUCCAAUGACUGUAACUUAUCAGGCCAUGCCACCCGACUGAACGGAGGCGCUAGCUAUCUGUUAGUCGCUCUGCCGGUGCUGUUGCGUCUUCUCUGGAACUAA